AUGCCGGCCCAUCUCAAGAGGAAGUGUCCCGCCAAGGAAGAGGACGAAGAGGUUCACGCGCGCCGCCCAGCACCUGCAGCCAGAGCCCCAGCAGUGACAGCCGCCCCAGAGGGUCCCUUACGUCGCGCAACACGCGCAAGCUCAAUUCCGCCUGUGCAAGCGCCCGCCGACCCCGAACCACGUCGCCGUCGCCGCAAUAUCGACGCCAACGCGCAAGUUCCCAAGUCUCCGCGCGGCAAAGAAAACAUUCCUGAGCAGCCGCAGCCACAGCAGCCGCAGCAACCCCAGCUAAAGCCUGCCCGGGCGACCCGUGCUUGUCGUGCCCCUUCUCCUGUCUCCGUCUCCGCUUCCGCUGGCGGUAGCAGCCAAGCCCGGGCAGCCCCCAAACCCCGCCCGGCCCCCCGCGACAGCGAUUCUUCGUCUUCGGCGCCCGCACCGACCGCAACAAGCCGCUGGUCGUCGCAGCAGCGCGUGGCUGGCCCCUCCAUGCUGCCACAACAGCAGCAGUCCGGCUCGGUGAGUCGCAGCACCCACAUGUUCACGACGGCGCCGACAGCGCCCCCGAGCUCGGCUGCUGCUGCUGUUAACGGGGCCUCUGGAGGUCAGGCCAGCACCGCUGGCAGCGUUGAGGCUCGGUCCGACCGCAACAUCGACAAGGUCGUGCUGGGCAACAUAUGCUUCCGCGCCUGGUACCCCUCAUACUACGGAAAGGAGGUGCUCGGUGAUCUUUCAGCCGGAGGAAAGGGCACCAAGAACAACAGCAGCAAUACGAAUGGGGCCAAUGGGCACUCCGGAUCGAAGAACAAUGGUCCCAACGGCGGGAAGACACAUGGCCGACGCGGCGCCGACAACUCUCAACCGAUUCUGGACAGACUCUACGUCUGUCCAUGCUGCUUCAAGUACUCGAAGGAACUGGUUGCUUGGUGGGAGCACGUUCAGAUCUGCGAACGCAAAGGUUUCAUCCCUGGCACCAAAAUUUAUACCCACCCGAAGGGCAAGCGCACCGUGUUGGUUCCCGCUGGUCCGGCCCCUAAGCAGGGCAGAGGCCGCCGCGCCGCUAAUGCCUACCCAAAGCUGGUCGAGCAGGAAGUACACGACGAGGGAGAGUGGAGCGUGUGGGAGGUGGAUGGCGAAGAGGAUACCCUCUUCUGCCAGAACCUCUCCCUCUUCGCAAAACUCUUCCUCGACACGAAGUCAGUGUUCUUCAACGUCACCGACUUCAAGUACUACCUGCUCGUCUACACCCCGCCGUCACGUCCCGCCAAUCCCGACACUCCGAAUGCCAAGCUCAUCCAACCCCGCGGCCAGAUCGUGGGCUUCUUCUCCAAGGAGAAACUCUCCUGGGACCAGAACAACCUGGCCUGCAUCCUCAUCUUCCCUCCCUGGCAGCGGAAGGGGCUGGGCUCCCUGCUAAUGGGCAUUUCGUACGAGAUCUCCCGCCGUGAAGGUCUGAUCGGCGGCCCCGAAAAACCCAUAUCCGACCUGGGCAAGAAGGGCUACAAGCGCUUCUGGGCAGGUGAAAUCGCCCGGUGGCUGCUCAGCCUGCCUUCCCAGCAGCAACAACAGCAAAGAGCUGCCACUGCCCCCUCCCCCGAUGCCGACGCUGACCCCGUUGCCCUGCCCGUUGGUCCCGCCUAUGGCGACGGUGACAAGUUCCUCAUCACCAUUACCGACAUCUCCCAGGCAACCUGGAUCGCACCCGACGACUGCCUCGCCGUGCUCCGGGAGAUGGGCGUGGCCGAAGAUGCAGGCAUGGGUCCAGCCCCCGCUCCGCGCCGCUACUACCACCACCAUGCCGCCCCACACGCCGCUGUCGUCGGCGCCGACGAUGACACCGUCCCUGUAGCUGCUUCCGUUGGCCCCGCCUCGGCAUCGGCAUCCUUAUCUUCGUGCCCCGCCUCCGCUACUGGCACAAGUGCUGCUGCCACGUCUGUGCCCCACUUUAAUGGUGGGCCUGCUGAGAAUAUGAUGAUGACAUCGUCAACCACGCCGCGUGAAGUGCCGCGCGUCAAGAUCUCACUGGGUGCGGUGCGUGCUUGGAUUGAGAAGCACAGGAUUAAUUUGGAGAGGACGUGCGAUCCGGGUGGGUUUAUCGAGGGAUAUGGGUGGGCGAAGAAGGAUAAGGAUGUUGUUGUAGGUGGGACUGAGCAGGAGUGA